AUGGACAUGGCAGCUUUUGGGUCCCCUUCCAAGAUCUCCCUGAGGACGUCAGCCAAAAUCAAAGACAGAAGAGUGAGUGUCCGAACAGAGACUCCCAGCACAAUACAUAUAGCACUCAGUGGAUUGUAAUAUGAUUGAAGAAGUGGCAUAUUCUGUGUACUUGCAGUGCAGACAUUGCAUUACAUUACACAGGGGCAUUCCUGCUAAUGUGACUUGGUCUGAACUGGGUGUUUGGGUGGGAGAUUGAUUGACACUGUCCAUGGUGCUUGCUUCCUGUCUAUUAGUGUGCAUUAAAAGGUUGUGUGUCUGUGUUUGCAGAGAGCACCGGUGUCGCAUAAAGUGAUUGAAAAAAGGAGACGAGACAGAAUAAAUCGCUGUCUUAGUGAACUUGGAAAAACGGUGCCUAUGGCAUUAGCAAAACAGGUUAGUAGAAUGUGACAUGUAUUGAAUCUGUCUACAUAGAGUAAAUAUCAAAUAUGAAGCUGUCUGUAUGUUCUAAAAAUGUAUACAAACGCACGUGUUCUCCAAGAGCAGCUAACAUUGAGGAAUCUGGUGGGAUAUUGCAAAUUAUGGGAGAAAUAUCCUCUUUCUUUUCCAGCUAAAAUAUUUUUCUAUCAUUCCUAAAAAGGAAGAAACUUUUUUUUACUGCAAAUUCCUUACUAUUUUAACCUCUGAAGGACCAAUUCCAUCAUGUCAUUCUAACCUUUAAAGAUAUUGUAUUAAAUAUUAAUGUCCCACUCAUCUAAAGGCAGCAGGUCUGUGUAGUACAAAUAAACAGAACAAUCCUUAAUUUUCUGGGGUGUUUUGGGACCAGAUAGUGAGUACAGCAUUAAAUAUCAUUGGCUGCUCACGUUAACUGGCAUAAUAAUACAUCUCUCCCAGUAAUUAGUGGCCAAGUGUUGAGGCCAUAACUGAAGGUCACAGGUUGUUGCUUGCUACAGGUAAAGGGACUUGCCAACUUGUGCAACAUUGUAAUGUAGUAUAUGUGAGCCUUGGGUACACAUACAGUGUGAAUACUGCCUGACUUAAUACAAUCACUGUGAUGGAUGUGAAAUGAAUAGCAGUUUCUAUUUACAGAAUACAGGUAAACUGGAAAAGGCUGAGAUUUUGGAGAUGACUGUUCAGUAUCUGAGAGCUUUACACGCUUCUGACUUUCCCAGAGGACGAGAUAAAGGUAAGCAGUAUUUAGGGUGAUUUUACCCAUACUGAAGACCAAUUGGUCAGGGAGAUUAACACAGAUAAUAUUAAGAUAUGCCAUUAGGCACAAAACCCAUUAACCAUUUCACUCGUUUAUAGAUACUUCUUGUACUAGCGAAGCUGUUAAUGGUGUUCAGCCAGAUAGGCUUGCUUGCUAUAAUUUAAGAUUCUAAUGACUUUAUGAUACUGAGACCAAAUGUUAUAUACAGUUCUAAAUUUCUGCAAUCCAUGAUGCCAAUUCCUUAUUUAAAUGGCUGUAUCGAUUUCAGCUUCCGUCUUUGUAGAGUGGAUUUUGUGCGUUACAUACACAGAAUAUUUUGUAAUGUACAAUUAGUUAUGUGAUUAUCAAAGAUAAUUAGGAGAACGAGUGUAAUAUGAUCAAAUGAGGCUGAAAGCCCCUGGGGGCAUGAACCCAGCUAGAACAAACAAUUAUAUGUAUAAGAGCAUAAGAAUCCCAGCGUUUGUUAUAAAGAACAUUUUUAAAUAGUUAAAAUAUAACUUUCAUUGUCUAUAAAAAUAAAAUACGAAACAUACAAUCUGAAGUUAAAUAUCACCCAGUUCCAGGAUGAGCAUUAUUAACAAAUACACUUGAUAAUUUAAAUCACUCAAUGGUCUCCAUACCUGUUUGAAAUUACAGGGCAUACAUAUAACCUCUGUUAGUAUUGUUGUUUGAAUGAUUGAAGCACACUUAGUCACUUGUGGGAAAACAGGUAUGGAAUCAAAAACUGUGGUAGUUUAACACAAACAUAAAAAAGAUAACUAAGGGAGAGGGAGCUCCUCUAUAGACUCAUCUUGUGCCUUCGAGGGCACCUGAUCUCAGAACCCACCUUCCCUAGUUCCUGGCUCUAUCCUGAUGCAAUUAGUUAUGUGUUUUAUGUACGCACACUGUUCAUACUGUAUGUAAGUCUGUGUGUUUGUGUUUACUUCCUGAUAAUCCCAAGCUAACUCACAUUUCAUGCAUUCUUGUGGAGCUUUGCAGUAUAUUUAAUAAAUGGAACUAUAAUGAUCUAAUCAAGAUUUUUAUUAUUUCUUUUUGCAUUUCAAUAGAUCUUCUUUCAGAGUUUGCCAAUUAUUUCCACUAUGGUUACCAUGAAUGCAUGAAAAAUCUGGUCCACUAUCUGACCACAGUAGAAAGGAUGGAAACUAAAGACACUAAGUACGCUCGAAUUGUUGCCUUCCUGCAAUCUAAAGCCCAUUUGACCACUGAGCCCCUCUUCAGCUCUCUGCAGGAGGCGGAUGUGUCCUGUCAGCUGCAUUCAUCUCCGCCUGACUACGCCAGCCCGUGUGACUCUACCUUCACUACAAGCCCAAGCGGCCCAUUCUCAUGGCAUAGCACAGCUAGGAGCCCCACUCUGAAUUAUCUCACAGGCCCCGCUUCAAUGCCACUGCCAUGCACUCCUACCCAGCAGCCACCUCACAGCAGCUUUUUGUCCCCCAUGCAGAGUCUGGACAGACACUACGUCAGCCUGCUUGGACAUUCCCAUCCAAACAGCUUUAGCAUGCACGCUGCACAGCACCCCUCAGUGCUGUGA